AUGCACGGCCAGGAGGAUAGGGAAGAGAUCAUACAUUGCGGUAGUCUAGUCUUCACAGAAAUAACUGGUAAUCUAAGUGAACAGCUGCACAUAAUGGAUACAAACCCCCACACAGGUUCCACACAAGACACAGACAAGCACAGACAGGAAACGGAUCAGGACACAGACAAGCACAGACAGGAAACGGAUCAUCAUGGCUACUACUGUGAGAAACAUCCAGACGACUCCGAGUUUAUCCCUGUGCAGAAACUCUGUUUAUAUCACUUGCCUUCCGGGUACCAAAGCCCUCACCUGAUUAGUUAUAUCCGGGCUUUUGCUAAUCUCCUUGUCUCUGUUUUGGUCAACUGUGUUAGUGAAAUGAGACCUGAAAAAAGUCCUGGCAGUGACAAACACUACCCGUGUCAUGACAUCAGGGGCAGCAAAACGAAACGAAAAGGAACUGGGUUUGUGUCUGGUGUACACAUAUUUCCUGAUGAACAUUUUCCAGAAUUUACAACUUGCGAAUGUGCCGAAUGUUGGCACCUCCCAAUUCUAAUGCGAAAAAGACAGUUUGCACACAUUGCUAUUCGAACAGCCACUCAUCUUGUUUUCAAUAAAGAAGAAGCGAGUGCAGCCACUUGCAAGAUCUUUAUAGACAAUGAUGGAGAUUCAAGUGUAUGUGGAAAUGGUAUUGAGUUUUCCAACAUGCGGUACGUGACCAGUAGCGCUCACUGUGACUGGUGUAUGAUGACCUAUGUGACCCAUGACAUGGGUUUUGUGGAUAGGAUUCAGAAACUUGUAACUUGUAAAGAUAACCUGAAGGAUAUUUUGGUGGCAGAAAGUCUUCUCUCCAUGUGUGAUGAUAAAAAAGGAAACAAUACUGAAGUCACUCGACAAGGCCAAUUGAAUAUCACGAUAUCCCACUCAAAUGAAUGUGACAAACGGGUGAGCAUUGUUCAGCACGAAUACGUGAAUGGAACAGAGGCACAUAGCCAUAGUCACAUUGAUGCUGCAGUAGCCUGCCCGGGGUCAUGUGGAGCUCCUGUCCAGGUGAUUGAGGAGGACUGGCGUUUGUUUGGGUUUGAACACACCCACAGUGGACAUUAUGAGUCAGAAGUAAAUUUCAGUAGCCAAGGAAUCGGUUUUACUCCUUUCAACCACAAACACACAGAGGACAAGAAAAAUCUAGACAACAAUAGAUGUGAAAACAAAACAACAGAAGAAUGCUGGAGCCCGGCAGAAUCGAAUAAGGAGCAUGAGGUGAAUCUUAAAAAACAUGUGGUUUGUAGAAAGAACAAAGGUCAUACAGACUUUAUACCUGCUCCUGAGUUUCAGAUGGAGAAUCUUCCACCUGGGUUUCAAAACAAGAAAGUAAUGGGCUGUAUCCAAGCAGUGAUUGCGUUAACUGUACUUGUUUCAGUUAGCUACACCAGUAUGGACAGACCCGCCACUUUUCCUUUCAGCUCUAAACCCUACACAGGUUAUGAAUAUAAGGGCACAAACAAGAAGCGGACAGGAACCGGUCUGGUACAGGAUAUUGUCAGGUUUCCGAAUGAGGGCAGCAGUGGCAAAGAAACCUGUCCGUGUGAAGAAUGUAAGAGCUCUCCAUCACCAAAAACAGAAUUUGCUUAUGUGACUGUACAUUCUGCAGCUCACGUCACCUUUGAUGAUCAGGAGGGGGUACAUACAAGUUGUUUUUUGUUUUUUGAUAAAGAAAGCUCGCCUGAGUUACAUAACGGAGUCAUGGAGCUUAAGAGGGCAUCCAGAGUGCUGUGUGAUGACAAUAAAGACACAAGUAAGAUGAUAUUUGUGACACACAACCUGUCAAUAAUCGACAAACUCGGGGAUCUGGUUGGUCACUGGAAGGGUCUUCAGCAGAAACUGGAGCAUGGGUUUAUCAUUUCAUCUUCCAAAUGUGAGAAAACACCAUCCGGUCCCCCCUCUCAGGUUGGCAGUAAUCAUGACAGUAACCAUGACAGUACCCAUGACAGUACUCUUGCCAGUAACCUUAUCAGUAACCAUAACAGCAUUCAUGGCAGUAACCAUAACAGUAAUAAUGACAGUAACCAUGAAAGCAGUCCUGGCAGUAAACUUGACAGUAACCUUGACAGCAAUCAUGCUAGUAGCCAUGGUCUGACAGUGAUUGUGUCACAUCCUCAUGGCUGUAGCAAGCAUGUUAGCAUUGGCUACUGUAUCAGCAUGGAUGCAACAGGAAGUGGCUACACCGAGUGCCAGUAUACGACACCAACUUGUCCCGGAUCUAGCGGAGCCUAUGUCUUUGUGGUAGGAAAGUUCUGGAAAUGUUGGAACAAGCAUCACUAUGGAGUCCAAGAUAAGAACUCAGCUUUGCCCUCUGCACAAUAA